CCAGGGUUGGGGGCUGGAGGUCUGGCCUGAGGCCAUCUCUUUGUUCUGUGGAUCCAGCAAGUUGGGCUCUGGAGAGAGGCCCCAGGGCUGUAGAGAGGUGGGCUAUGGACAGGAAUGCCAGGGUGGGGCUAGCUAGGGCACCAGCUAGUUGAUGAGUGUGGGCUGUGUGUUCGUGUGUCUGCACUUGUGUGUGUAAGUAAAGGUCUUUGUGGGCCGAUUUGUGCAAGGAGUGUCCGCCUGGUUCGUCUGUGUGUCCAUCGUGCAGGAUGGUGUUUGUGUGAGGCUAUGCGAGUAUGUAAGAGGGUCAGCCCAGGGCGUGCCUGUCUGUGCAGCAGGAAGUGUGACUGGAGGGGAUUAGUCAUUCUGUAGGAUUUUGCUUCUCAGCGCCAGAUGGCUGCUUCAGCCCUUACUGUGUUGUGUGUAGAGGGUACCUACUGAGUCCUCUUCCUUUCUGGAUGGGAUGCCUUCAGGGAGAGGUGGUGGGUGCCUGCUAACCAUGCCCUGCUAUGGGACAGAGCAGAGUUUAGGACUUUAGGUGCAGGUUUAGGAAAGAUGGGUCUGGGGAAGGAACAUGUGGGUGCGAGCACCCACAAAGCUGGCAUAAGUCCCUUGGUUGGGGUUUGGAGCAGAUCAGCCCUGGGGUGACCAAUGAGCCGGAGUUCUCCUCCAAUCAUGAAGGAGUGUGUGGGAUGGCUUUGUAUCUAGGUUGCAGGGCAGCUGGGCCCUACAGCUGUUAGUGAUCAUGGGUGUGAACUGCAUAUAAUUCACAUGUUUGUGCAUCCAGAGCUCACGAGCCAAGAGAUGCUGGGGAGCCAGUUACCGCUUGGGCAUCAGUCACCUUUAUGAGACACCACACCAGGCCAGAGGACAGGAAAUCUGGUGUCCUAAUUCUGUUCUCCUUCCCCUCCUCCAGUAGCUGCAGGUGACUCCAGUGACUCCCAGGGCCAGGGCAUUGCAAAGGAAACAACUCCUCCCCCUAUCCUUGCUUACCUACCUGGAGCGACCUUGAGCUAUAGAAGGGACUCACCUUCGGCUUGGGGAGCAGAGCAGGGCCUCCCAAGUCUCCCCCAGGAGGAACCCUUGAGCGCCCUCCUGGCAUCCCUCUGACCCUUGGACCUGACCUGCAGAAAAUGGGGGAGUUAUCCUUAAAUAUCAACAUCCAAGAACCUCGCUGGGACCAAAGCACGUUCAUGGGCAGAGCCCGGCACUUCUUCACCGUCACCGACCCCCGGAAUCUGCUGCUCUCUGGAGCCCAGCUGGAAGCUUCCCGAAACAUUGUACAGAACUACAGGGCCGGUGUGGUGGCUCCAGGGCUCACCGAAGACCAGCUGUGGAGAGCUAAAUAUGUAUACGACUCCGCCUUCCACCCAGACACAGGGGAGAAGCUGGUCUUGAUUGGCAGGAUGUCGGCCCAGACCCCGACUGUGGUGUUCUGGCAGUGGGUGAAUCAGUCCUUCAAUGCCAUCGUCAACUACUCCAACCGUAGCGGUGACGCUCCCAUCACAGUUGGGCAGCUGGGAACAGCUUAUGUGAGUGCCACGACUGGGGCUGUGGCCACAGCUCUGGGCCUCAAAUCCCUCACCAAGCACCUGCCGCCCCUGGUGGGCAGAUUUGUACCUUUUGCAGCCGUGGCUGCUGCCAACUGCAUCAACAUCCCCCUGAUGAGGCAGAGGGAGCUGCAGGUGGGCAUCCCGGUGACUGAUGAGGAAGGUCAGAGGCUUGGCCAGUCAGUGGCUGCAGCCAAACAGGGGAUCUUCCAGGUGGUGAUAUCGAGAAUCUGCAUGGCCAUUCCUGCCAUGGCCAUUCCCCCCGUGAUCAUGGACAGUCUGGAGAAGAAGGACUUUCUGAAGCGCCGCCCCUGGCUGGGGGCACCCCUGCAGGUGGGACUGGUGGGCUUCUGCCUGGUCUUUGCCACCCCCCUGUGCUGUGCCCUGUUCCCCCAGAAGAGCUCCAUCCGUGUGAGCAGGCUGGAGCCGGACCUGAGAGCUCAGAUCCAUGAGCAAACUCCCAGCGUCCAAGUGGUUUACUACAACAAGGGGCUUUGAGGGAGGGCUGGCCCUCCCACCCUCCUUAGCCUCCUUGGGCUGCUGCUUGAGUGGGGCUUAGUCAUCUCGGACCCUUCCUUGGCUGCCUGGCACUGGGCAAGGGGCUGUGGGAGGAAUUCUGAGAACAGCAAUAGGUUAGGCCCAAGGGGGUGCUCCCAUAACCGCUCUCUCUCCACUGGUACCGAAGAGCAGAGUCAGGUAACCACUUCCUCUGUGCGUGCCUGCGUGCGUGUGUAUGUGUGGUCCUGGGAUGUUCUGAGAUCCGCCUUUCCCCCACUUGCCAUCUAGCCAGGUUGUAGCACUGUCUUUCCUAAACUGUUCUCCUAGCCACCUUCCCGACUGCCUUCCACGCUUUCCACAGACACUGAGAGACAUCAGCCGAGUCCUUUAGAUUCUGAUUCAUGGCUUCCAAAGCCGACUCGGGAACGGGGCUGGCCAGUGAAGAUACGUUAGGAUCACGGAGGCAGGGGGCAUAUACAUCCCUACAGCCUGAAAUCUAUUCACGUCUCUCCUCUCUUCUCCCAUCCCCCUUCUCCCCACUCCUCUCCCCACCCAGAACAAAGACAGUCCAGAAUCCUCUCUUGCCCUCAUCAUCUCCCCUACUCCCCAGUGUGCACAUCACACAAUCCUAGGAGCCUUGGUCUGCUCUCACAUCAUGAUCUCCAAUCAUUCUACACUCCCACCCCCCACCCCCACCUCAAAAGCCACAAAGGCUGGGCAGACUCUCCCUUCUAUGAGCCCUCAGCUGACCCUCUUCCAGAGGGACACAGCUUGGGAGGGGUGCUUGAACUCCAGGAGUAGCUGAGUGAUUGUAACUAGAACACUUAACUAGCCCGAGGGUGCCCUCCUCAUGCAGGGACUUUUGUGCUCCGUUGGCCUAUGCUAGCCAUUCAGCAACCCCCCCUCCUUAUCUCCUUCUCAUUCUUAUGGCUUGGCUCUGCCCCUACCCCUAUCCCACCCUGGAAAAGAGGAAGGGCCCAGGCACAGAUGGUGGGUCAAUGAAAGGCAGGUGUGGUGAUGGAACUGGCGGUGCCAGGCUCAGAGUAAAGAGAGGAAAGGACUUUGGCUCCAACUCCCAUGACCUCUGAUUGAAGGAGUUAGAGAGACAGGUGUAUAGGGCCCCCACGGGACCCUCUGAGAACAUUUUCUUGCCCUUCCAGUCACCCUCCACCAAUGACACCAGUGUUACUCAAUAAAUCGUAAACCAUCCUGA